UAGAGUGGCAUAGGCAUCAUGCAUUACGAGGUUGUAGGAUUGGUGGUAGCUAUGUUAGUGUGGAUGGGUUGUGCACUAAUCAGAGAACGCAGGCACCGGAGAUUGGAGGAGCUAAGGCAGCUUCCACCGGGACCAAGAUGGUGGCCGGUGGUCGGCAACAUCUUCCAACUAGGUUGGUCUUUGUCACCACACGAGUCUUUCGCAAAGCUGGCUCGACACCACGGUCCAAUCAUGACUCUCUGGUUAGGGUCCAUGUGCACCGUGGUAGUCUCCUCCAGCGAGGCUGCAUGUCAUAUGUUUAAAAACAAUGAUGUCAUUCUCGCUGGUAGGAAAAUCUACGAAGCUAUGAGGGGUCCUUACGGAUGUGAAGGCUCCCUCAUAACCUCGCAGUACGGCCCGCACUGGCGCAUGCUGAGGCGACUUAGCACAACAGAAUUUUUCGCGACGAGUCGCUUAGAUGCCAUGCGGGCCGUGCGUGCAAAAUGCAUAAACCGCAUGGUGCAGAUCAUAGAAGGUGCGGCUGGAGAUGAAUCCUCCGGCGGCGUUGAGGUGGGGAGAUUGUUCUUCAUGAUGUCGUUCAACCUGAUUGGGAACCUGAUAUUCUCGAAGGAUUUGUUGGAGGGUGAGAUGGAGAGAGGGGCGAGAUUCUACGAGCAUGCGGUGAAGGUGAUGGAGUAUGCAGGGAAGCCGAAUGUGGCGGAUUUCAUGGGGGUGCUGAAGUGGGUUGAUCCGCAGGGAAUACGGCGGAGGACGCAGUAUCACGUGGAAAAAGCAUUCGAGAUUGCUGGAUGGUUCAUUAAAGAGAGGAUGGAGAGUGGGUGCGGAAGGGGAAUGAGUAAAGAUUUCUUGGAUGUGCUUUUGGAGUUUCAUGGAGAUGCUGCCACUGGCCCUUACACUUUCUCUCCAAGAAUCAUCAACGUCGUCGUCUUUGAAAUGUUUACGGCGGGGACAGACACAACAACGAGCACACUGGAGUGGGCAAUGGCGGAGCUGUUGCACAACCCAAGAGCCCUGGAGAAGGUGCAGACGGAGCUGAGGACGAAGAUUGGGCCCCACAGGAACAUGGAAGAGAACGACAUCGACCACCUUCCUUAUCUGAAAGCAGUCAUCAAAGAAACCCUGAGACUGCACCCACCUCUACCGUUCUUGGUCCCUCACAUGGCGAUGGACUCUUGCAAGCUGCAGGGCUACCACAUCCCCAAGCACUCGCAAGUUCUGGUCAACGUUUGGGCCAUUGGAAGGGACCCGAAGGCCUGGGACGCUCCAUUGCUCUUCUGGCCUGAGAGGUUUAUGCACAUGGAUCAUGUGGAUUUCAAGGGUCACCACUUUGAGUUCAUACCCUUUGGCUCUGGUAGAAGAAUGUGCCCUGCCAUGCCACUUGCUUCUAGGGUGCUCCCACUCGCACUUGGAUCUUUGUUGCAUAAGUUUGACUGGGUUCUACCACGUGGCAUGAAUCCCCACGAGAUGGACAUGAGAGAGGGCUUCGGAAUUACUCUCAGAAAAGCUCUUCCUUUGAAGGCCAUACCACUCCCUCACUACUCUUCUACAAAACAGGGGACCUCAACAUAAUUUUAUGGUGUGUUAAAAGAAACAAUAAAUCAUGAAAUUAUCAUAUUCUGCAAAAGGGUUUAUGUUAUUCAUGAAAUUACAUAAUUAGAGAGAAAACACAAAUUUAAUCAAAGACACGUGUUAUUAGAUA